AUGAAAGUCCGCAUGCUGCUGCCAUCACACUUCAAGCCACUAUGGACCGGUAUCAGAGUACACGACCUGAGCAUCCCGAUCACAGUCAAGAAGACUCCUGACCUCUACAAGCUGGCCAACAGCGGCGGCGUCUUUUCAAACUGUGACGGGAAGCGGUCCGCUAUUCACCAGGCGGGCGACGAAAGCCUGAGCGUGUGCGCAUCAACGAUUAGCAGCGGCGAGGAUUGUGUCUCCCCCGACGUCUGCGGAUACGAUUUGGGAGACCUGGAGACCGUCAAGAAGGGAUUGCUCACUGUGCAAUGGCUGGAGUCCGGAACUGACAGAAGUCAUCAUCACAGUGGAAGUUUCAAGAUCAACGGGGGCGCGACGCACUUGAUGACGAUCCUUGCCGGCGAAGGUGUCAAUGUCGCGCUCAAGGACGCGAUCGGGCUGGUGGAUGCCAUCAUCACUGCAGCGCACAUGAAAAGAUCGAGACUUCGGGAAGGACAUGUUCGGGUGUGCGGGCUAACGGAGGAGCUUAUGCACGACUUCGUAUCCAUGUCGGGGCGCACCGGGAACAACCAUCUCGGGCUCGAUCACGAGGUCGGUCAAGUUCGAACCCCUUGGUUGUUGCAUCCACUGGCAGCUGGCAUGGCGCACUAG